GUCUAGGGACAGCAAGGAUCCCGAGCAAACUGCGGAGGCUCCACGGUCAGGCAUUCCCUCGGCGUUUCGUCAGAGCCAGACCCUCCCGCUGCUGAAGCGAGGCGCGCUCUGCUCCCGGGCGGCCGGGAGCCCAGCCGCGCGCCGGGGGAAGCAAGUCCCAGCCUGGUGCGUCCGGACCGAGAGACUCGGAAAGCUGAGGAGCGGCCACCCGACUCCCUCUGGAGCAGGCAGCAGCAUGCAGCCGCUGCCCAGCUUGUGCGGACGCGCCCUGGUGGCGCUGAUCCUUGCCUGCGGCGUGGCGGGGAUCCAAGCUGAAGAGAGGGAAUUCCCGCCCGCCGGGGCCACUCAGCCACUUCUGGGGACCGUAGAGAUGAUGGAGACCCCGACUGAGACCUCCUGGCCCAGGAGGUCCAACGCCAGCGAGCCGCGAUCGUCCGCAACACCGCAGAUGCCUAGAGGGGGAAGGAUGGCGGGAAUCCCACCGCGCACCCCGCCCCCGUGCGACGGACCCAUAGAGAUCAAGGAGACUUUCAAGUACAUCAACACGGUGGUGUCCUGCCUAGUGUUCGUGCUGGGCAUCAUCGGAAACUCCACGCUGCUGAGAAUCAUUUACAAGAACAAGUGCAUGCGAAACGGUCCAAAUAUCUUGAUAGCCAGCCUGGCUCUCGGAGACCUGCUGCACAUUAUCAUUGAUAUCCCCAUCAAUACCUACAAGCUGCUCGCCAAGGACUGGCCCUUUGGGGUUGAGAUGUGUAAGCUGGUGCCUUUCAUUCAGAAGGCCUCCGUGGGCAUCACUGUGCUGAGUCUAUGUGCUCUAAGUAUUGACAGAUAUCGAGCUGUUGCUUCUUGGAGUCGGAUCAAAGGAAUCGGGGUUCCAAAAUGGACAGCAGUAGAAAUUGUUUUAAUUUGGGUGGUCUCCGUGGUUCUGGCUGUCCCUGAGGCCGUGGGUUUUGAUAUAAUUACCAGUGAUCACAUAGGAAAUAAUCUGAGAAUCUGCUUGCUCCAUCCCACUCAGAAAACAGCAUUUAUGCAGUUUUAUAAGACAGCUAAAGACUGGUGGCUAUUUAGUUUCUAUUUCUGCCUGCCAUUGGCCAUCACUGCAUUGUUUUAUACCCUGAUGACUUGUGAAAUGUUGAGAAAGAAGAGUGGUAUGCAAAUUGCUUUAAAUGAUCACUUAAAGCAGAGACGGGAAGUGGCCAAAACAGUAUUUUGCCUGGUCCUUGUCUUUGCUCUGUGUUGGCUUCCUCUUCAUCUUAGCAGGAUUUUGAAGCUCACUCUUUAUGAUCAGCAUGAUCCCCGUAGAUGUGAAUUUUUGAGCUUUUUGUUGGUAUUGGACUACAUUGGCAUCAACAUGGCCUCCCUGAAUUCCUGUAUUAACCCAAUAGCUCUGUAUUUGGUGAGCAAAAGAUUCAAAAACUGCUUUAAGUCAUGUUUAUGCUGCUGGUGCCAAUCAUUUGAAGAAAAACAGUCCUUGGAGGAAAAGCAGUCGUGCUUAAAGUUCAAAGCUAACGAUCACGGAUAUGACAACUUCCGUUCCAGUAAUAAAUACAGCUCAUCUUGAAAGAAGGAAUAUUCAUUUUCUUUAUUUUGGACAGAAAUCAUUCAAACAAAGGGGUGUCUGCCAAAGUGAAACAAAACAACGUGUGUGUUUGCACAAAACAAUGCACAAAUGUAAGAAUGAUUAUUUUCUUCACACUCAAGAGUUCCACAUGACGUUUGAUAAGCUGUUUACAGCUUGAGAAGACAAGCAGUGAGAAUUAAGAAAGCCUCAUUGUGAAAGCACUUAAUUCUUUACAGUUAGCACUUCACUAUAUUAUAGCUCUUCAGAACUUCUGGUCUAUUCAUACACCACUUACAUUUAACUUGAGUUCACUCAGAAUUCCUGUGAAAGAUGUUUAUUUUUGUAAAUCAAGAUUAAUCUGAUGUAAAGGAAAAAUGUGUCACUGCAAAACAGAAUUUUUAGAUGAAAUUUAAAUUACUCAAUUUAAAAUUUUAAAAAUCUUUUAAAGUCUCAUAUCAUUGGUGGGACUAUAUUUGGAAACAACACGUGAAAAUAGUUCAGCUGGUGGAUUUUUGACAUUAGAGACAUAUUUAAAUGAUCAGGAGGGAGAAUCAGAGAGACUGAGGUUUUUGAAAAUCAUGCAACUUUACAUUCAGAUAAGAUCAAAUGUCACAAAUGGACAGAGAGAGAAGUUUUGGAAUGCCAUCCCAAGACACUGCUUUGAAAUCGCCUAUUCGUGUACUUGGCAAAGAAAGGACUACCUACAAUUUUUUUGAGGAUUAUUAAAUCAUUCUUCUUUUACCACUGUAGUUUAAAUGCUGUACGUUUAGUUUUGUCAUCUGUAAAUACUUAGCUACAAUACACAACAUGUAGAUGUUAAACAGAGGGCAGGCCCCGGUGUUCAUACCUUCACAAUGGAGAGAUGCCAGUAACCCCAUCAUGGACGGAAUGUGAGCUGCCUGGAGCAUUGACCAUAUGGUAAAGGAGACAGCAACAUCUUCUCUGCAAUUAAGACGGUAUCUGGCAUAUGUAUCAUGUGAUAGUUACAAUACUGUCUCUAAGAUCAUAGCUAUUACAGUCAGUGUAACAGUCACCUUUAAAGCUUAUUACUAAUUUUUAUAUUAUUUUUGUAAAUAACUAAUAGAAAAGAGUUCUGGAUGCGGUGCUUUCCUGUCACAGGCAAAACUGCCACAUGAGACUGUUAAGAAUCUUUUAACUUUGUGCAUUCUUGCCGAAUUCUUUCAUCUCCCCAGCAAAGUGCCUUAGGUUAACUCAGAUGAGAUGUGUGUGAAAGUAUGUACGAGAGAAAAACGGAAGACAGAGGAAAUGAGAUGGGGCGGGAGGAGACCCAAGGGGACAGAUUCCCAUUCUUAGCCUGAUGUUCGUCAUUGCCCUUUACAUCAAUGCAAAAGGUCCUGAUUCUGUUCCAGCAAAACACAGUGCAAUGUUCUCAGAGUGGCUUCAGGAAUAAAUUGGGCCCAAGAGCUUUAACUCUGUCUUAAAAUAUAACAGAGUUUCUGAUUUUUUUUUUUUUUUUUUUUUGGUAACCCAGAACCACAUGUUGGGAAUAAAUGAGCAACGCUGCUUUCCAGCACCUAAUGUGAUGAUACCAAAAACCCAACAAUGCCAGGAAGGAAAGACAAGUCAUGGAUUCAUAUGCCACAUGGAAUUUAUUUACACAUCACAGUCUCGUUUAUUAAUGUCUUCCCAAUCACAUUUUCAGAUCCUUGUCAUGACAAAAGACAUUUCAAACUUCGGAUCUUAAAUUAACUUGGGGUCACUACUGUUUUCAGUUUGUUAAUGGAUUUUUUUAUUCCUAUUUAAAUUUGAGCUCAUUUUGUGACCAUUUCAUUUUGUUUCUUCCUCAUUUACAUUAUAAUGCCCUUUCUCUGUGUCAGAAUCAUGGGCUGUGAACAUCUUGCCAAAUUUUAAACUGCACACAGAAAGUAUAUGCAUGCAUUAUUUAUAAUGAACUCAUGUUCAGUAGCUUUUCUAAAAAUGGUUGAUUCAAAAUUUGAACAGACUGACAAAGGUCGGUAAGAAACAAACAUGAUUUCUCAGCAUAAAUAAAAUCAAUAUGGGGAAAGGGGCUACCAUUUGAUUUUCAAACAUAUUUUCUAGUAUUAAGAACUGCAUAAUAUAACAAUGGACAAAAGUAGUGUUAACAUGGUUAUAGAGCUUAAAAGACUUAUGACACUUUUAGAUUUUCUCUUUUAUAUUUGCUAAUAUGGGUGUGCAUUAAUAUUGAUAGCUUACAAUAUAUGGCCAGAGGAAUACAGUUUAUAACAAAGCAUGAGUAUGCUGUAACUAACUUUAUGAAAUUGUAAUAUAACCAUGUGAAAUAAUUAUAUAUUUUGUUUCUCUGAGGUCACUUAAAGUGGCAACUACUAUAGUUGCUAAUUCUUUAUGAUGUAAACAAAAUCAAUAAAAAUUUAAAUUGUUUUUGGAAAAAAA